UAAUUUUAUCUAAGUUUUUCUAUUUAAUCUUCAUAUAUAUGAUUCUCUAUCUUAAUAUUAUAUAUUCUUCUUGCUAUUCUAUAAAUCCUUGAUCUAGCUUGUUCAAUUUAUUAUUUCAGUCAAGGAAAUUCUCUUCUCUGAUCUCUGCUUAUAAGUCUACUAAGCACAAACAACAAAUUUAUUAUAAAAAAAAUGUCAAUGGAAAUGAUGGCAAAUGAACGUGUUUGUUAUGUUCACUGCAACUUCUGCAACACCACUCUUGCGGUUAGUGUUCCAUGCAGCAGCUUGCUGACUAUAGUGACAGUUAGAUGCGGGCAUUGUGCUAAUUUGCUUUCAGUUAACAUGGGAGCAUCACUUCAAUCUUUUCCACCUCAACAAGAUCACCCUCAGAAACAGCAACUCUUAAGCUGUCAUCAAGAAACAAGCAGAAGGGAAGUAGGAUCAUCAUCUUCAAAAUGCAAAGCGUUUGAGACAGUAGCUCAUGAGCAACCUAGAACUCCUCCCAUUCGCCCUCCGGAGAAGAGACAACGUGUUCCUUCUGCUUAUAAUCGGUUCAUUAAGGAGGAAAUACAAAGAAUUAAGGCUAGUAAUCCAGAUAUCAGCCAUAGAGAAGCAUUCAGCACAGCAGCCAAAAACUGGGCACAUUUUCCUCACAUUCACUUUGGGUUAAAGUUGGAUGGAAGCAAACAAGCAAAGUUGGACCAUGGGGUUGGGGACGCUACUCAAAAGUCUAAUGGAUUCUAUUGAUGAUACAUAUAAAAUGGAUUUAAUUCCAUAUAUGAUUAUCAAUCAGUUGGUUUUUUUUCUAUGCUUGACGUAAAAAAAUGAGGUUGAUCAAAUUUCCCAUUCACACAACUGCAUGGGAGAGUACUCUAGCCCUUGUUUAGUUUUUUUUAAUAGUAUUAUGUAUUUCCCUUUUCUAUAAUAAUUGCUAUUCUUGUGAUUGUUUUAAUUAUUAUGUUGAACGUAGGCACUUGUUUUUUUUAAUCUGAAUUUAGGCACUUGUUGAGUAAACAUUAUCAAGCUUAAUAUAUAUGUGUCUUUUAAAUCAUUAUUAACA